AUGCCAACGACUUUGUACGACGGGACGAUCCGAAAUAUCAUCUGUAGCUUGAAAAGCUUGAGAAAUUGCUUGCAGAUCGCCCAAGCCAAACACUCUGAUCCUCAGUCUCUGGUCACUGCUCGUCUGAUUAGCGACAUGCAACCACUAUCAUACCAGAUAUACGUGGCGACUCGAACGUCUGAUAGACUCGCUGCCGUCAUGCUCAACAAGGAUAGUUUGCCGAAUCAUGAGAACGAUCUCAAGAGUUUUGACGAUUUCCUCCAACGAAUCGAUCAGGUCUUGUCGAAUCUCGAGCAAGUCAGACCAGAAGAAAUCAACGCGUUGGACGGAGUACCUUCUGUGGCCAACAUGUCCCGGAAUGAACGAGAAAAUCACGUCCCUACCAGCGCUUCCAAUGCCUUUGGCGCCGCAAUGCCACAUCUUCAUUUCCACUGCGACAUGGCGUAUGCUAUCCUGCGCAAAGAGGGCGUUCCACUUGGAAAAGCCGAUUACAUCCAAGCAUUUGCGGAUGGAUGGGACAUGUGA